UACCAUAAUUCUGUUUUUAAAAUGUAAAUAUUCUGAAAAUUUUUAUAUGGGUAAAUUAUGCAUCUAUUACCCUAACCGAACACGUGAUUCGCGCUGAUUAAAUAAAGUUUUGUUUGUUUGCGAUGACCACAAAGAUGGCUUCCUCUUUACUGAAAGUUGCAGGUCUCUCGAGGUGUGCGUGGCACACUUUGCCCUCAGUGAGGGCAGUGUCUCAGACUGUACCCGUCGGUCAAGGUGUCCCUCAGUCAUUAUGGAAGUUAGGCAGACUGAAUCAUGUGGCUAUCGCAGUACCAGACCUAGAGAAAGCCACAGCACUGUACCGUGAUGUGCUGGGGGCUCAAGUAAGCGCCACCGUGCCUCUCCCUGAGCACGGCGUGUACACUGUGUUUGUAGAACUGGGAAACACCAAAUUAGAGCUUCUGCACCCUCUGGGAGAGAAAAGCCCUAUUGCAGGAUUCCUGCAGAAGAACAAAGCUGGAGGGAUGCAUCAUAUCUGUAUCGAGGUGGAUGAUAUUAAUGCUGCAAUAGUUGAUUUGAAGGAAAAGAAAAUCAGACUGCUCUCCCCAGAGCCACGGAUAGGAGCUCAUGGCAAACCUGUGAUGUUCCUCCACCCUAAAGACUGUGAUGGGGUUCUUGUGGAGAUAGAACAAGCCUAGCUAUCAAACAAGAGAUUAUCUAGUAAACAGAGACGCUUUAGGCUGUUCAUUUUUGACACUGAAGCUAUUGUGAUCAUUGCAAGAAGAAUUGUACGAUUCCACUUGUUCCAUUAAUUUUUAAUCUGUUAUGGUGUGCUUUAUAUUCUUGGCCUUUGGCUUUUU